AUGGAAAGUAGUGGAAGGCACUGCAGGUCAUUCGGGGCCUACGGUAGGGCUCGAUCUUGCCGUCAAGUCGACUUCACGCUUCAAAAUUCCCGUCGCGACACAGAAAUGAAUGAACCCAAGCCAGACCUCAGCUCCCCUCUACUUACCCAGUCAGCCAGCUAUCUUCUCAGCAACCUCGGUCACCGAGCAGCCCGUUACGUGCCAGUCAUGAAACGGCCUCUGGUAGAUUAUGAGUCCGGGUCCGGAUCCGAGUCCGAGUGUGGAAGCUCUUCGGACAGACCAGAAUCAAGUUCAACUGAUAUUCCUCCCCAGCUCAAGAGGCGCCGGAACGGUGACAUCGGCACUCGGGCCCCACCGUCGGCUCCGGCUCUGGCUCCGGCUCCCACUCCGAUUGCCCCACUUGACCGAAGCUCUGGCACCCACACCAUACCGCCAAAACCGGCACCCAAGUCAAAAUCAUCUCUCCCACCCAUCUCAGAUCGAUUCAAUGAUUUAUACGCCUCUAAUACUCGAGCUGCUGUCUCUGACGAUCCUUCCCUGCACCAAGGACGUCAGCGCCAGGUCCCUCAUAUUCCCGGCAACUGGCCGAGCCACGUGUAUAUCGAUUGGGAUCCCAGUUCGGCGGAUCGUGAGCUCCUCUCGUCGCUUGUUGACAAGCUUCAGGCCGAGGUAGCUGCUGCUGCUCAACGUUACCCCGACCUCGAGGGAGUAAAAAUCAGCACGGCCUUGCGAGAUCCAGAUUUACCCGUGGACAAGCCAUUGCACAUCAGCCUGUCGGCCCCAAUCACACUGACCUCAAAGAACAAAGACGCUUUUCUUGACGAUGUAACCAGAGCGUUGAGGUCAAGUGGUGUAAGCCCUUUCGUGGUGGACUUUUCCGGAGGAGUCGAUUGGUAUCGAUCCGAGGAAAGCACCCGAUCGUUCUUAGUCCUGCGGGUGCGUGAGGUUCAGAACACCGGCACCACUGCAGAUUCGAGCCCCAACCCACGACUGACCACCCUAAUUCAACGAUGCAACAAGACCGUGAAAGAGUACGGUCAACCGCCAAUUUAUGAUUCGCAAGACAUGGGCUACCGCUUUCAUGUCACGAUAGCCUGGACUCACGCUCGUCCAAGUGAAUCGUUAAAGCAGCUGACGGAUUCAAUCUUUGACGACUGCAAAACCAUGUAUAGUGAAAACAUGUCAAUCAGGGAAAAGCUUCGUACUGGCUCAAGUUUUCGCGUUGAAACGGUCAAGGUCAAGAUUGGAAACCACGUUACCAGGUUUGAGCUACCUGAUAAGGGUCUCGCCUUACCAGUCAAGACUACAUAG